UAUAAUUAUCUUAAUGUACUGUCUUAGUACUGAAUCCCGUUUGGUACAAAAUUACAAAUCGACAUUUGUUGAUCGAAUUGGGUGCCAGGUCCGUAUGCAGUGUGAUUUUCUUUGUGUGCCGUACUAAAUCGUGGUUUCCGGUAACACUUAAACUGGCAUUUUAUGAGCUCCGUAUGCUAGCCUCUUACGCCUCAGCCAAAUGGCGAUGCUGCUUUCCUGAAAUAUUUAUGACAGUAUUUUGUAUUGAUAUCCGGUUGUUUCAUAGCAAACAGCUAUGCACUGGUUCAUUUAAGUAUACAAAUCGUUCUGUUGAGCAAACGACAGGAGAUUAUCGCUUGUCGAACGAGUUUUGGUUUGGCACUUUUUUGUUGCUAGGCAACAGAACUCUACUGCCUUGGGCAAAGCUCGUAAUUACAUUAGUGUCGCAAAAUCACUACUGGUCACUUGUUAACAUGCGUGGCUAUGAACAUUUGUUGUGUUUUAUGAUAUUUUUCACCUUCCCAUUUUAACCCUAAAAUGCAUGUCAGGUGGUUUUCUUUUGUCUUGUUUAGGAGGGAACAUAUGCAUCAUGUUGGUCCCCAUUUUCACUCUCAAGCUGAGCCAUAAGAUUAACCCUCGCAUGGUGACUGUAGGGAAAUUUGAUGGGGUCCACCCGUGCCUCACUGCAGCCACACAAGCCGGAAAGGUUUUUAUUCACAACCCUCACACUCGUGCUCAAAAACCCGCAUCUCACCGACUGAGCCAAAGCACUCAAGAUUCGGACAUCUCUCUUCUCAACAUCAACCAUGCAGUCACUUGUCUGACUGCAGGUACUCUGGGCCCAAACGCCGCUGGUGACACACUGUUGGUGGGAUCCCAGACCAACCUGCUGGCUUACGAUGUUCAUGACAAUACAGAUAUAUUCUACAAAGAGGUGUCUGAUGGGGCGAAUGCAAUCGUUCUGGGAAAACUUGGGGACAUUCCAAAUCCUCUUGCCAUCAUCGGCGGCAACUGUGCCUUACAAGGCUUUGAUUCUCUAGGCAACGACCUCUUUUGGACUGUAACAGGAGAUAAUGUGAGAUCACUUGUGCUCUGUGACUUCACUGGGGACGGCAAAAAUGAGCUCCUGGUUGGAUCUGAAGAUUUUGACAUCAGGGUUUUCAAAGAGGAUGAGCUUGUGUCUGAGAUGACCGAAAAUGAGACAGUAACAUCACUGUGUCACAUGCACAGUAGCCGAUUUGGUUACGCCCUGGCAAAUGGCACUGUGGGAGUCUAUGAUCGCAAUUCUCGGUACUGGAGGAUCAAGUCUAAAAAUCACGCAAUGAGCAUCCAUGCCUUUGACUUGAACGCUGAUGGGGUUGUGGAGCUCAUCACUGGCUGGUCCAAUGGAAAGAUUGAUGCUCGAAGCGACCGCACAGGCGAAGUCAUUUUCAGAGACAACUUCUCCUCCUCUGUGGCCGGAGUAGUGGAGGGAGACUACAGGUUGGAUGGCCAGAAACAACUUAUAUGCGCCUCUGUAGAGGGAGAAGUUCGCGGUUACCUGCCUGCUGGAAAAGAGCUGAAAGGCAAUCUUAUGGACUCCAGUGCUGAACAGGACCUCAUUAGAGAGCUGAGCCAUCGCAGACAAAAUCUACUGCUUGAGCUCCGCAACUAUGAAGAGAACGCUAAGGGUGUGUCAGACAGCACAGGUGGGAUUCCAGCCAACACUCAGCUCCAAACAGCGCUCUCAGUAAGAGCUGCAACUGAGGUCCAAAAAGCCCAUGUGGAGCUCAGCAUCACAACACCAAAUGAAACCAUAAUCCGUGCAGUGCUCAUCUUUGCAGAAGGCAUUUUUGAGGGUGAGAGCCAUGUUGUUCACCCCAGUGUCCAGAACCUGUCAGGUUGUGUUCGAGUCCCCAUCAUCCCUCCCAAAGACGUACCAGUAGAUUUGCACGUCAAGGCCUUUGUUGGUGGGAAAACCAGCACCCAGUUCCACGUGUUUGAAAUCACUCGACAGCUGCCCCGUUUCUCCAUGUACGACAUCGCAAUCGACCCCUCAGCCCCUCCCCCCACCGGAAGAGUCACUUUCACCAUCAAUGACCGGCCACAGAGGGUCGCAAUGUGGCUGAAUCAAAACUUCCUGUUACCUGAGGGUGUAGAUACUCCUGAUGUUACUUUUAGUUCACUCCGGGGAGGGGGACUGCUGUCCAUCGGUAUGACCGCUAACGGACAGAUCACUCUUCAAACAGACGACAUCGACCUGGCGGGAGAUCUGGUCCAAUCGCUGGCCUCUUUCCUGGCAAUAGAGGAACUGUCAGCAGAGGCAGACUUCCCAACUUAUUUUGAGGAGCUUCAGACUACACUCACGGAGGUAGAUGAGUUCCACGCUGUCCAUCAGAAGUUAACUGCAGAAAUGGCUGACCACUCCAACUACAUCAAGAACAUGCUGGUGCAAGCAGAGGAUGCUCGCUUGAUGGGUGACAUGACUUCUAUGAAGAAGCGUUACAGAGAGCUAUACGAUCUAAACCGAGAUCUUGUCAGCGAGUACAAGAUUCGCUCAAAUAAUCAUAAUGCUCUGCUGGCCUGCCUCAAGUCUGUCAACCAGGCAAUCCAGCGAGCUGGUCGACUCCGACUGGGUAAACCCAAGAACCAAGUCAUCUCAGCAUGUCGGGAUGCCAUCAAGAGCAAUAACGUCAGUGCACUCUUGAGGGUCAUGAGAGCUGGAGUGUCCGCCUCUUGAAAGUGAUGCAAGGAAGGCAAUUAAGUCAAAGAGUCGGGAUCGCUACUGUAAACCAUCUAGUCAUCCUUCACCGGCACAAAGAUGAGAAGACACAAUGGAUUGUGGGGUUGCCUGCCAAGACAAUUCAGCACAAUCGAACAAACAAUCGUGAAAUAUGUGCUAGAUUGGGUUGCUGAGAUCCACCCAUGUCAGUCAAGUGCUGUGUUUAGCUACUGUAGCUGCUUUUUUAAACCAAGAGGAGUGUUUAUGAGACAGCAGCUAGAAUAGAAAACUGUGUAAACAGUGCGGUGUGGGAGCUGGGUAGCACAAUUUUUGAGAGGGAAUGCUGAGAAUCAACCAUCACAUAAAUGAUUUUCUGUGCUGGUAAGUGCUAAAUGUUUGAAGGACAUGAUGGACCACUUGGAUUCAAACAUAAUCAAAGGGGAUUUUUUUUGUGAGUUAUAUUGUCAUCCCAAAUAUUCAACAAACAAAUAAAAUAGUUAAUUUCCAAAGCGUCCAACCCGAUUGUUUAAAAUGCAUCCCCAGCCUAUCGUGGGCAUAUUUGCACAGUCACAAUAUGAUAUCCUGUGAUGCAUUAACCAGCAUUAUUAUCCUCAAUUCCUAGCUUGUUUUGUCAUUCCAGCUGUAUGACUUGUCAUUAGUCACAUGCAACUUUAUGAAGGAAUUUCUAGUUGAAAUGAGCAACCGAACUGGGUUUUAAAAGUCAUUAGUGAGUUAAGCCGAAGGCCUGAGGAGUGUGCCGUGUUGUGUUGCACAUUUGUAAAAGAAAUGCUUCAUUGUGGCUCAAUGUCAUAUACUGCAAGCAAGCACUGACUUCUGCCGACUCAGUCACAUUUUAAGAGGAGGAAGCCCACUGGGAGCAAUGUUGUAGUUGUGUAUAUUAGCACAAUGUAUUUGUACCCAAAGAAAACAUGCAUGACUUCAGUGUCACAGAUCACCAAUGAUGUAUUUACUUUUUUAGAUUACACAUUUGUUAUUGUCCUAUUGUGAAGAUUAAAUUAACCAAUGUUUUAAGCUUUGUGUAACAGUUCCAUAACUUUGGCGAGGCAUCCUAAAGAGAAAAGAUUUGUCUUUCCGAUGAUCUGGCUCACUCAGUGGUUUCUUCCACUGCUAGAUGGACGUAGGGAUUAGUGUGCA